UCUUUGGCUUGUUCAAGGUACCUCAUUUUCGUUUUUUCCUUCCUAAUCAACUGUUUCUUUCUUCUUUUUUUUGUUUAAACCACACUUAAUUUUUUAUACGCCUUGCUUUAAUCCGGAUUAGUGGCCAAUAAAAAGGUCGUAAAAAAGACAUAAUUUAAGUGACGACGACUCAUUGACCGAAAACAGCGACGACGAUAGCAGCUUUAGCAGUGAAAGUACUCAUAUUAUGCACAAUAAGAAUAAUAUUAUAGAUAUCAAGGGUCCUGAUACAAACUAUCAAGACGAAGCAACAAUAAUAACAGCAGAGGAAGAUGAUGAUGAAGUUACCCCUUUUGUAAUGCCCUCUUCAAAUCAGCUACAAGCGGAGUCAAACUAUUAUGAUAGUAAUGCUGAUCUGCUUGAAAGGGGCAGCAAAAAUAAAUCGAAAGAAAUGAUAAAAAUGCAGAAAUUGAAUCUCUACUUAUCUUAUGCAAACGGAAGAAAAUGUUUAUGUUUUGGAUUUCUUGGCAUGAUUUUGAUAAUUUGGCUAUUAUGGACUAUAAUUAUGAACAGGCUAGGGCCAGCCGUCGAAGGUGGUUUCAAGAAAGCAGAUAACAGCAAGACCGGCAACAGACACAUUGACCUGCCAGAUUUGUACAAUAAAUCCUUUUUCGUUAAACGACCAGAACUUGUAUGGGUGAAAAAUGAUCCUAGAGAUGGUAUUUUCAGUUAUACAGAUCCUGAGACCAAGGACAUUCUAUUAAAAUCUGUAGAAACCGGAAAAUCAGAACUCUUUGUAAAAGCAAGUGAUUUGACAAUAGGUGGAAACCUUCUGACUGUCGACUCAUUCGAAAUCUCAGAAGAUGGAGAAUUCUUAUUCAUAAAAACCAAUGUCACAAAGCUAUGGAGGUACUCAACACGUUUUAACAUAUACAUUUAUAAAUUUGCAGAUAAGUCUCUAUACCCUUUGAACGAAAAUACAACGGUCAAUUUUGUACCUUCUGUAGCAUAUGCCGCUUGGAGUCCCACUGGCCAUAAAUUAGCAUAUGUUCAAGAUAAUAAUUUAUUUAUCACCAAUGUUGGUACCAAAGCAACAACGCAAGUAACCUUUGAUGGUUCUAGUACUAUUUUUAAUGGCAUACCAGACUGGGUUUACGAGGAAGAAGUGUUCGCCAGUGACAAUACUUUAUGGUGGGCUCCUGAUUCUUCGCACAUAGCGUUCAUCAGAUACAAUGAGACACAUGUACCAGUCUAUGACAUACCCCUAUACACGGUAUUGAACGAUAGUUAUCCCAUCCAAUUACCAAUCAAAUACCCCAAGGCUGGCGCACCAAACCCUAUAGUUUCUCUUUUGAUUUACUCACUCACAUCCAAUACCACAGUUUCAGUUACCAAGAAUGAGGAGAUACUGCAAUCAUCAUUACAUACCAGUAAUUCUACGUUUUCAGCAACAUUUUCAAAAGAUUCUUAUUCUCAUCUAAGAGAAUCUGACAGAAUUAUUACAGAUAUCAUAUGGGCAACCGAGACACAUAGCCAUCUCUUAUUCAAACAAACAAAUCGUAUCCAGACUGUCGAGUAUACAAAUCUUGUUAUCCUCGGUGAGCCAAUCAGUAAUACAGUUGUCGAGACUAUUCGAACGUACAGCCCAACAGAUGGAGGUUGGAUAGAUUCUUCACAAACCAUGGUUUACAUUAAUCGUAGCAAUGAUGAUGAUGAUACGUCAUCUAGUAGCCAUGUAAGAUACCUAGAUAUUAUUGAUGACGGGUCCGGCUUCAUGCAUUUAGCUAUAUUGACGGCUACCUCAGAUAAGAAGCAAAGCCCUCAAUGGAUCACAUUUGGAAAAUGGGAAGUGAUCCCGGGAACAGUAACAGUAGACAAUGAAAAGCAGCUUGUCCAUUAUACGUCUACCGAGCGGUCUCCACUAGAACGCCAUCUUUAUGUUAUUGAUUUUAGCAGUAACAGCAGCAGGAAAACGAACAAAAAGCUAUUGAAAAAGAAUAAAAAAUGUCUCACCUGUCCGGAUGAUCCAGAGAGUCACGGCUACUAUGAAAUCACGUCGUUUUCACCGAAACUGACAUACUAUAUAUUACAGUAUCAAGGACCAGAUGUUCCGUAUACAGUAGUUAAGAAGGUUGACAAUAGCACAUUUGCAUUUAAACUGGAGGGAAACGAAAAUCUUAGGUCGUUAUUGGAAGAUUUCGAUUUACCACGCGCUAGAAUGGUGCCUGUAAAAAGUGGAGGCAUAGAAAUGGAAGCCAUGGAAAUAGUACCACCAGAUUUCGAUGUCACCAAGAAAUAUCCAGUUUUAUUCCAUGUUUAUGGUGGACCAGGGUCACAGUUGGCCUCCUACAGAUUCGAAUUAUCCUGGAGUACAUUUUUAGCAAGCAAACUAGGAUAUAUUAUUGUCACUGUGGAUGGGAGAGGGACAGGAUUCCGAGGACGAGGCUAUCGUUCAAAUGUUAGAGGCAGAUUAGGUGAAUUGGAAACAAUUGAUCAAAUCAAUGCCGCAAGACACUGGUCAAUGUUAGAGUAUGUUGAUCCUGCACGAAUUGCUAUUUGGGGUUGGUCAUACGGGGGAUACAUGGCUACCAAAGUAAUAGAAGCGAAUAGUGGACUCUUUGCCGCAGGAUUGGCUGUUGCACCCGUUACUGACUGGCGUUUUUAUGAUUCAAUUUACACUGAAAGAUAUAUGUCUACACCCGAACUUAAUCCUCAGGGUUAUGCUCAAAGUGCCGUCAACAAUAUGACAGGAUUUGAGAAUGCUCGUUACCUUGUGAUUCACGGUACUGGUGAUGAUAAUGUACAUUUUCAAAACACAGCUGUUUUGGUAGAUAAAUUAACGCAGGCCAACAUUCACAACUUCCAAGUACACUUUUUCACAGAUAGCAAUCACAGAAUUUCAUAUCAUAAUGCUAACCAGAAUGUGUAUCAUUUGCUCACCAAUUUCUUAUGGGAAAGCUUUGGGGGAGAAGAAUAUUUGCAUUUACGAAAAGAACUGAAUGGUCACUUUUCAGGGCCCUUAAUGGUAGGAGAGCAUUAGCUCACUAUCAGAGCUUCAGCAACACUGUCAUUUAGGAAUACGUGUCACUAUACUUCGCAAAUUUUACUGAAUAUAUGGAUUUCAAGCUCUAUAUAUAAUGCAGCUAGCCUAUUCAAUCAAAAAAUCUUCAAAUAAAUAUGGUUAUGAAAAAACCGUAGAAAAAAUAAU